ACCCAAGGGUACAGAUUUUGAGUGGAGUUGAAAACAAGCCACCGCGUCUAGAGGGUAAACUAUUGCGUGGUGGCAGAGGGAGAGGAUCUCUGCCAGACGCCCCAAAAAUGGGCAUUAUACACCACGACCAACAACAAGAAGAAGAAGCUUUGAUUCUCUCAAGCUACGAUCAAACUCAACACUUUCACUGUCAUCAACAGCCUAAAGACUCAAAUCUGAUUAGCAAAGUCUGUGUUGAAUCAAAGAAGUUAUGGUUAAUUGCAGGACCCUCCAUCUUCAGCCGCCUUGCCAUGUUCUCCAUGACUACCAUAACCCAAUCAUUUGCUGGCCACCUAGGUGACCUCAAUCUCGCUGCCAUUUCCAUUGCCACCACUGUUAUUAUUAGCAUCACUUUUGGAUUCUUGUUAGGAAUGGCUAGUGCACUAGAGACUUUAUGUGGACAAGCUUACGGAGCAAAACAGUAUCAAAUGUUGGGUUUAUACUUGCAACGCUCAUGGAUUGUUCUCUUCAUUUGUUCUAUUCUUUUACUACCAUUAUUCAUUUUUGCUGCUCCGCUCUUAAAAUUCAUGGGACAGCCAACCGAAGUGGCUGAUCAAACAGGUUUAGUUGCAAUUUGGCUGAUACCAUUUCACUUAAGCUUACCAUUUCAGUUCACACUGCAAAGAUUUCUGCAGAGCCAACUGAAGACUGCAGUGAUUGCUUGGGUUUGUGGGGUUGCACUUGCAGUUCACGCAUUAAUAAGUUGGAUUUUUGUUUACAAGUUAAGAGUUGGGAUUGUUGGGACAGCUGUCACCCUUGAUUUCUCCUGGUGGUUGACUGUUUUGGGAUUCUUUGUUUAUGUUGUUUAUGGUGGUUGUCCACUUUCUUGGACUGGUUUUUCUACACAGGCUUUCUCUGAGCUUUGGGAUUUCGUCAAACUCUCGCUUGCUUCUGGUGUCAUGAUUCUCAUGGAGAAUAUUUAUUACAGAACAUUAAUCAUAGUGUCUGGAUAUUUGCACAAUACAGAAACUGCAGUUGAUGCUCUUUCAAUUUGCAUGUCCAUCUUUGGCUGGGAAUCCAUGAUUCCGCUGGGAUUUUUGGCUGCAACCGGUGUGCGUGUAGCGAACGAGCUCGGUGCAGGCAAUGCGAAAGACGCCAAAUUUGCAACUAUAGUGUCAGUGAUUACAUCUUUAGCAGUUGGAAUUUUGUUUUGGUUAAUUAUUAUGGCCUUUCAUGAGACACUUGCAAUGAUCUUCACCUCAAGUUCUUCUGUUAUUACAAUGGUUAAUAAGUACUCGACCUUAUUGGCAUUCACCAUUCCUGUCAACUGCAUUCAACCAGUUCUUUCAGGUGUGGCGGUCGGAUCUGGUUGGCAAAGUGUAAUGGCAUUUGUAAAUAUAGGUAGCUACUAUUUAGUUGGAGUUCCUCUUGGUGUCCUGUUCGGAUGGCUUCAAUUUGGUAUCACUGGCAUCUGGGCUGGAAUGCUAUGUGGAACUGUGGUUCAGACAUUGAUACUAGCUGUCAUAACAAUGAAAUGCAAAUGGGAAAUAGAGGCAAGAAAGGCUCGUUCAUAUAUAUCAAAUGAAACAGCUUCAUACCAAUAACGUCAUUUUAAAGUGUGAUUGCACUCUGAAAUACAAUUCUUUUUGUUCAAGCUGCGAGUGAAUAGGAUAGUUCUUUCAUGUUUUUUGUAUAAUAUUUUCGUUUUCAUAUGUUCAAAACAAAAUUAUGUAUUUUUAAGAGAUAAAGGAUUGCAUUAUUCUAUAUGAGUAGGAGUCACUGAACUAUAGCAUGCAUAAACCA